UUGUGCGCAAGCGUGUGGCGUUUGCGUUACUUGCAUGUCCGCACCGUAGAUAUGAAUAAGUAUUUGCGUUGAUAACAGAAGCAUAAUUUUAAAACAUGUCAGAAAAGGGAGAAGUUGAUUUAACCGGAGCCAAGCAGAAUACGGGUGUGUGGCUUGUUAAGGUGCCAAAAUACCUCUCUCAGCAAUGGGCAAAAGCGACAGGCAGAGGAGAGGUUGGGAAACUCCGAAUCUGCAAGAAAGGAAACCAAGGAAAAGCGGAGGUGUCUUUCACUUUGAAUGAGGAGUUGACUGUGAUUGAAGGUAUAGAAGAUAAGUCAGUGUCUGCACCUCGGGAACACCCGUUCAAAAUGCAGUCAGUGGGAGGUCAGACGCUGGCUGUCUUCACAGAGACUUCAUCAGGCCAGUCAGAAGAGAGAUCUGAUGGCAGCAGCUCAGGUUCGGGGGCGGGGUCAGGUCCAGAUAAAAUAGCCCUGGAGGGGGUGGUAGUGCAGAAAGCAGAGUGCAGAACUGCUGUCAGUGAAAGCUAUAUGAGGCUGAAGAAGUUACAAAUUGAGGAAUCCUCCAAGCCAGCCAGGCUGUCACAACAGCUGGAGAAAGCUGUCACCAGCAACUACAAGCCUGUGGCCAAUCAUGACUACAACCGCGAGUAUGAGAGGAAGAAGAAGGAGGAGGGCAAGAGAGCCAGAGCAGACAAACAGCAGGUGUUGGACAUGUUGUUCUCUGCUUUCGAGAAGCACCAGUACUACAACAUCAAAGACCUGGUGGAUAUCACCAAACAGCCUGUGAUUUACUUGAAGGAAAUUUUGCGUGACAUUGGCAUCUACAACGUGAAGGGAACACACAAGAACACCUGGGAGCUCAAGCCAGAGUACAGACAUUACCAAGGCGAGGAAAAAACUGACGAGUAAUUUUAAAUCCUCCCAAGGCUGACACACCACCUUUUUCUUUUACUCGAUGGGGGUUCCUCCCAGACCAGGCCCUAGAUGGAUCUGAUUUCCUUACAACGGGUCUAAAGACACAGUGGAUGAUGCAAAGGUUGAGUUUUACAGGGGGAGGUUGUUUUGGCAUUUUAGUAGCUUAAUUUGUGGGAGGCAAAAAGGAGUAAUGUGAAAGAGGUUUCAGACUUUUCCUGAUGUGCUUUGUGUCACAGCUCCUGCACACCCCCAAGGUCAGUAUUUGAAUUAGUUCUGUCCAUCAGAUGCAUCAGACAAAUUGUAUUUCGGAAUUAUGGUUCAUAGCAGUGCAUUACUUUGUUUGCUAUAUCCAGAAGGCGUUUUAUUGUGUAAAGGAUAAACCUUAUGAAGAGAGAAGGUGACAGUUUGUGGCUCUUUUUCUUUUUAGUCAGCUUAAUAGUUUCCAUUUCAAAUACAAUUUUCCCACACCAUGGCUAAUUUGGUCCAGACUUGUGCAAAAAAAAAAAAAAAAAAGCACCAUUACAAGUUUGUGCUUUCUGUGCCCUUGUGUCAAACCAUGUCCUCUGUAGUUUUACAUUUGAUUGAUGUAUGCAAUAAAUGUUUCAUUACUAAAUUA